AUGUUGAAACCGCAACCAUUAGGUGACGGAAAGUAUGCGAUAUUUAAUGUUUUGAAACCAGAAACCGAAAUUCCAUAUUUGGACACGAAAGAUGCUGGCAAGUUUGUGGGAGCUAUCCUUAAUGAUCCCGAAAAGUUUAAUGGGAAAGUCCUAUAUGCGUCAAAUGGUAUGUAUUCGUUUGAUACCUUAGUAAAGACAAUCACAGAAGUUUCUGGGAAACCUGUAAGUUAUAUACAAAUUCCAGCAAAUACUUUCAAAGAACAACUACCAGCUCCUAUUGCUGAGGGGAUAACGGAAAUGUUCCAAUUUAAUGAUAAAUAUAAUGCCUAUGGUCCCGAAACAAAGGAAAAGGCCGAAUGGGGGAAGCAGCAAGUUCCUGAAAAACUUAGCACGUUGGAAGAGUUCUUUCAGAGGAAUCCUCUAGGAUUAUAG